UCGUUAAGUCGUCAAUUAGUUGUAAGAAUUGGUUUCGAGGACGCAUCGAACAAGACAAUUUCAGUGUUUUCUCAUUUGGGGAAAAAAGAAAUUUUACUGGGAAGAAAAAUGAUAAACAAGGCGCUUGUAUUGACGUAUUUCUACCUAUUGAUCUACAUUUUGCUUUCUUCCGGCGUUAUAUUGUAUAACAAGUGGGUUCUGUCUCCCAAAUACUUCAACUUUCCGUUUCCUAUAACAUUGACAAUGAUUCACAUGGCGUUCUCCGGAACUGUUGCUUUUUUUCUUAUCCGUGUUUUCAAGGUUGUAGCUCCUGUUAAAAUGACAUUUGAAAUAUAUGCAACAUGUGUAGUACCUAUUAGUGCCUUCUUUGCAUCAAGUCUUUGGUUUGGUAACACUGCCUAUUUGCAUAUAUCUGUGGCUUUUAUCCAGAUGCUCAAAGCUCUAAUGCCAGUGGCAACAUUUUUCAUGGGUGUUAUGUGUGGCACUGAUAAACCAAGGUGCGAUGUGUUCUUAAACAUGGUGCUGGUCAGCGUUGGAGUUGUCAUUUCCUCAUAUGGGGAAAUUCAUUUUAAUAUAGUUGGCACAGUGUAUCAGGUCACGGGCAUCCUAGCAGAAGCUCUAAGGCUGGUUUUAACUCAAGUCCUCCUGCAAAAGAAGGGCCUGAGUCUAAAUCCAAUUACCAGCUUAUACUACAUCGCACCCUGCAGUUUUGUGUUUCUUUUUGUGCCUUGGUGCUUACUGGAGAAGCCUGCGAUGGAAGUUUCACAGAUACAAUUCAAUUUCUGGAUCUUCUUCUCCAAUGCUCUUUGUGCUUUAGCUCUGAACUUAUCCAUAUUCUUAGUUAUCGGAAGAACCGGAGCUGUCACCGUCAGGGUUGCUGGUGUUCUAAAAGACUGGAUACUGAUUGCCCUUUCAACUGUUGUUUUCCCCGAGUCUACAAUAACAGGGCUUAAUAUAAUUGGUUAUGCCAUCGCUCUCUGCGGUGUUGUCACGUAUAACUACAUAAAGGUUAAGGAUGGUCGUGCUCCUCAGCUUCCUUCGGAUAAUAUUCAGGAGAGAUUAACAAAGGAUUGGAAGUCUGAGAGGAAGUCAUCGAACAUAUUCAUCCCGAAUAUAAGCAAUGACACAAAUGGAGGAAGCAACUUCAAUAGCUCUGAAUUGAACGACGAAGAAGCGCCUCUAAUUUCAUCAUCAAGGCUAUCUCAUAUAGGGCGCCAACUCAGCAAUUCUAGCUCUCAACGCUCAUAGAGACUAGAGAUCAUACAAAUCGGACGAAGAAAGAAUUGCAGAAAAAAAAGAAGAAGAGCCAACUCACAUGGUCCCCGCCUUCUAAGUUGGAGGUAAGGAAGAUUAAUUCUUUUGAAAGGGAUUUCAUUGGUUGAUGUUUCAUAGUUUAAAAAAAAGCGAAGAGCGAUGUUAUUGUAAUUACUCUCGAUUUGAUUUUGUAUCCAUGCUAUGCAUGCGAAGAUUAUCGCAAUCUCGGGAAUUGUGAAACUUAGGUGAUAACUUAUGAUAGGGGACGAGGUUACCUUAAUAUAUACCAGCCAAGUGACUAUUUAUGUGGA